UUUUUUCUUCUUUGAACGUCAUUGGCAAACUAAUAAAAGCGAGGGAUCUUUUAGGAUGCACUUCACGUUAGUGCUUAUCUCUAUCUAUCUGGGACAGUAGGAAGAGUGUAGAGAGCUAGCUACAUUACUGCUUUGGCAAUCCAAUGAUCAGGAAAGUUCCUCUGGGCCUUCAUCAGUGAUCCUGGGAAAAAACGUUUGUUCGGUGAGGUGGUGUCUCGCUAUUGAUUGAUUGGAAGCGAAUCAAUCUUCUUCUGGAGCCACUCAUCAUUCUUUAUUAUUUUUUGCGUCAACAAAUUUUAAUAUCACAACUGUGUUUGUUUGUUUUUCUGUGUGGCUGCCUUUUUGUGUGUUUGUGUUUCUCCUGUUUUGGUUUGUGUUGGCUUUCAAAAAGAUGAUUUCUGUUUCUUCCCGUGUUUCCAUCCUCCUGGUCCUGAUAAUGACCACCGCCGUGUCUCUCUCCGAUGCCGCCAAAGUUCGUGGAUCUUCCCUUGCUGCUCAUCAUCAUGGUCGUCGGGCUCAAGGUGGCAAUAAUAUGGAUAACAACAUGAACAACAUCAAUGACAUCAAUGACAACAACAAUAUUGAAAUUCCAGAGAUAUCACCUGAAGUCGACGAAGAAGAAACACCCGAAUACAUUCCCCCCGGUGGCGCGGCAGGAGCUCCUCCUGGCAGUUUGGCCGCCGAUGGAACAUUUGUACCUCCCGGUGGCGCCGGUGGAUCGUUCGCCCAACCACAACUCUCCACCGAAUGCGCCACUGUCGAAUAUGCCGAUGUGGUCAUUAUUGGUGCCGGAGCGGCUGGAAUUGCCGCCGCCGCUCGGUUGCAAGAAGAAGAUCCCACAUUGACCUAUCGCAUUUUGGAAUCCACCGAACGGGUGGGUGGACGUGUGCGGAGUGUCCAAUUUGGCGUGCCUGGCAAUACGUGGACAUUGGAAGAUGGCGCCAAUUGGAUCUAUGGCAAUAUCAAGGAUAAUCCGCUUUUGACUGUUAUGGAAGAUACUGGAUUUGCGGCACCCUACAAUGAUUAUGCUUCCUUUAUUGCCUAUGGAACUGAUGGACUCCUCGUGGACGAGACGCUCUAUACGGCAGAAGAGGAACGGUUCAGGACGGCAUUGGAGGAUGCCAUUGCCGAGGUGGAUGAAAAUUUGUGGACACCGGCACAUGACUUUUACACCGAUGUUGGUGUCAUUGGAUUGUUGCAACAGAACGGGUGGUUUGUGGGACCUGAAAAUACCGUCAUGAACAACUUGGACCAUGAUAUUCAGUGGGCUUGGUUGGAUUGGGAAUGGGCCACUUCCGAGGUCAGCCUCCGCUUUUUCCCCACGGCUGCCUACGAAUCUCUCAUUGUAGCCGAUCCAAGGGGAUUUGAAUUUUUGCUGCAAACCUACUUGCAACAAAAUGCCAAUACGACCAGUUUGCGGACCGGCACAAGAGCCUUGUCGGUUGCCUAUGAUGAAAAUAUCCCCUCCCAAGGAGGCAAAACCUACAAGGCACGAGUCCAUACCAACAAUGGUGCGCAGUGUACGGAUUAUGUGGCACAGAGAGUUAUCUCCACCGUGAGCGCGGGUGUGUUGAAUGCGGGAUUGAUCCAGUUUCAGCCACCUCUGCGAUUCCCUGCGGAAAGCCACAAUCCCAUGAAAAUGGCCCAAUACAUCAAAGUCACGUACCAGUUUGAAAAUCAGUUCUGGGAUGAUAUCGAGUUCAUUCGGGUUCUACGAGAAGCGGGUCAACGGGGCCACUGUAAUCAUUGGCAAAACAUGAACUAUUUCAUGCCGGGCAGUAAUAUUAUUCGUUGUGAGCUCAUGACAGAAGCAUUUGAAGAGCUCCUUCAACAGGGCGGACAACGAAAUUUACCCGAGUCGACAAUCGAUUCGUUGCUGGACCCACUGCGAUUGGUGUAUGGCGCCGACGUCGUGGGAACUCCCAUUGCCACGUAUGUCAACAAUGUGCACACAGACACGAGCUUUGGAUUUGGUGCCUAUUCCAGUUGGGAGAUUGGCUACACAUUCACUCAAUUUGGUCAGUUUUAUGGAGGCAUAGACUCGUUGACGGCUUAUUGUGAGCACAACGGAUGCAAUUCACUGCAAGAAUGGAUUUUGCAUUUUUCUGGAUCCCACACGUGCUUUGAUCAAUCCGAAACCGUCCAUGGAGCCAUGUUCGCAGGGCAACGCAGCGCCAACUUUGUGCUCAGUGAGCUCGGCUACAACGUUGACACGGAUAAAAGUCCCUGUGACGUUGACUGGGGCUGGUUGGCCCGGUAGAUUGGAUAGUCAGGCGGCGAUAACGAUCCCAAUUCAUGGCAUGGACGGGUCUUUUGUCACAUAAUUUCCGCUUGCGUGGCAGCGAAAUUAUGAGAGAGCAUGCAUGGAUGGCUGGAACGUGACGAUCACUGAAAUCCAGCAAAAGGUCGAGACGAGGGCGGGAGUAUGGCUCGACAUGUACAAGUAGAGAAAGGUGGCAGUUCUGGAGUGCCGUUGGUGAAAUCCAAGUGAUCGGAGACUGUUCAGCUUGGGACGAAACCUCAAAGAAUUUGUUUUGCAUAGUUAGAAGGAAGAAGCGAACUAUAACUUCCAUGCAUAUAUUCAUAAUAAAACAUGCCCAGCACUC